AAAAAUGUGUUACCAUUUACCCAAAAUAUUUAAGGCUAUUAUCAUUAUAGCCAUUAUUGCGCCGCCAAGUUCUUCGAAAACUCUGGAAUACUCCGAAUGUCUUGGCAUCACAGAGCUCGAUACAUUUGUGUCCAGCAAACGUAGUUGCUCCAAAUAUAUUUAUUGCAAUGGCGAAUCUUCAUUUGAAGGUGAAUGCUUGGGUGGCAAUUUUUUCAAUGAGGCUCAAGGUAUUUGUGAUGAUCCCGAAAAUGUGCAGUGCGACAUUGUGGAGGGCGACGGAGUUGUCAGUAUUUUCGACGAGACAUUCCAAAAAUCCGAGGGUGAUAAAAAUGUCGAAUCUUUGGAGGGGGAUUCAAUUGAAGGAGAUGAUACUGGCUUCGGGGGCACGGUGGAAGUGUCAAGUGAAUUGGAAGAGAACAUAAUUCACUUAUCAAAUGCCCCCAAAUGUGACAAGGCUAAUCGAGGUAUACGUCAUAUUCCUCAUCAGGAUUCAUGUGCUGCCUUCUUUACAUGCUACAAUGGCAUAGCCAUACCUAUGCUGUGUCCCAAAAAUUCAUAUUUUAAUUCGGAAACGGAAAUAUGUGAUCAUAAAAUGCCAAACAAGUGUAAGUUGCCAUAUUCGAUACGUUUGAAUUGCCGCAAAGGUGUCUACGAUUACAUGCCCCAUCCGCAGCGCUGCGAGUACUAUCAUUACUGUUUGAAUGGUUUCCUCAUGAUAAUGCGCUGUCCCUACGAAUUCACAUGGAACUACGAACGACGCACGUGUGUCCAUAAAACUCUAUCGAAAUGCUAUACGGAAUCAUCUGCCUUAUCCCAGCAACCCAUCAUCUAUCGCAGUCAUAUCGAAAGUGACAAGAGUUGAACUGGCGGUGUUUGUGACCAUA